AUGUCACCAACACCUGUCCCUGAGAGACUAGAAAAGAAGAGAGGGAGGCUUUUUAGAUGGGCUUUUUCUAGGAAAUCUAAGAAAACGCCCAUCGAAGCCCAACAGGUUCAGUGCAGAAAUGGCAGCAGCCAACCACCUCAGAGAUGCUCUGAUGGUGAAGAUGAACACAAGAACAACACCCAGAGCAUCAACACUCCCAGCAACAACAACGUUGUUCAUUCACUGAACAAAGCUGAAGAGAGCAGUGACACUAACACUUCAGUGUACAGCUGCGUGUCUUCCUUCAGCGCUGUGGAGAAAGUUAAUGAAGAUGUUCCUAAAGCUGAAGAAAACAGCAACACUUCAGUGUACAGCUGGCACAGUUGUGUAUCUACCCUCAACACUGUGCAGGAGGCUGAUGCUCCCAGACAAGAGCAAGAGGACAUCAACGUGAACAACGGUACUUUUCCAACUGUUUCAUCCAUUACUGAAGGGGACCUCAGCGCUCCUUUGCUAUCGGACGACAUUUUUUGGAAAACUGAGGAUGAAAUUAUCAAUAUAAGUUCAAAUGCAAAGAGAGGGGACAUCUACCAGGACUAUAAAAUUGGUAGACUUCUCGGUCAAGGAGGAUUUGGAAAAGUGUAUGAAGGAACGCGAUUGUCUGAUUCACGAAAGGGUCUAUUUGGCAAAUCGCUUCCAAAUGAGAUCGCUAUGAUGAUUCAGGUGAGCAAAGGCCCCAGCGUUCCUCAAAUAAUAAAGCUGCUGGACUGGUAUGAGACACGGAAGGAAUACAUACUGGUCAUAGAGCGGCCCACGCCUUGCAAAGAUCUGCGGAAGUAUUUAGUGCAGAAUGAUGGCAGAAUCAGUGAGUCAAAAGCACGAGCUGUGAUGCAUCAAGUUGUUACUGCUGCAAGAAUAUGCUUUGAAAGGGGAAUCUUCCACAGCGACAUCAAGCUUGAAAACCUGCUAAUCAACGAGAACAGCUUACAGGUCAAAUUAAUCGACUUCGGUGUUAGUAGAAGCUUGAAGAAGUCUGGUUAUACGAGGUACAUUGGAACAAGAAUUUACGCUCCCCCUGAGGCUUUCCACAAAACAUGCAGGUACCACGCCAAGCCGGCAACAGUAUAUUCUUUAGGCAUACUGUUGUACUUGAUGCUGUUUGGGAAGUACCCUUACAUUAUGGAACCUAAGAUCUUUGCCAGGACCUUGAAAACAGCAGAAAUUUCCAAAGAAUGCAAAGAACUGAUAUCUUUGUGCAUGGAAAAAGAUCCAGCCAAGAGGAUUGACUUGGACAAGAUCCUCGACCAUGACUGGUUCCAAGUUUUGCUCCUGAAGCCGGAGAGUCAAAACGAGGAACCCAGAGUAAGUGAAUUCAAACGUAUGGAUUCAUUCCUGAGAAAAUAUAAUCUUUGCGUGCUAUGAAAAAAACGUACAUAGAUGCAAAUACGGGUCCAAGCACAGCUUACAUGCGCUUUGCAAAAGAAGAAGAAGAAAUAUUUAUAUAAAUAACGGACGACUGCCGCAUAAAUUAAAAGAAAACAACCACAUAAAAUCCAGGCCUGGUCCUCUCUCGUCUUGCACUGCCGUCACUCCU